AUGGACAGCUGCGGAAGAGCGCCGAGCCAGCUGGCGCCCCCCGCACGUCCUUUCGCCCGCAGCGGCCCCCUGGACUCUGGCGGUCAGAGGCUGCAACUCUGUGUGGCCACCAGUGCCUACUCUCCGCCCGCCCCGGGGCCUUCCCACGCGUCCCUGAGGACUGCCCGGAGGCGGCGGCCAGCGUCCCCAGAGCUGCUGCGCUGUAAGCGGCGGCCGACUCCAGCGCCAGGGGCAUCGGGCCCUCUAGGCCUGCAGCAGCAGCCUCCUCAGCAGCAGCCUCCGCAGCAGCAGCAGCCUGGAUCCGACCCGAGCCCCGGGGUAGGAGCGGCGGCCGUGGCCCGGCGCAAUGAGCGUGAGCGCAACCGCGUGAAGCUGGUGAACCUGGGCUUCCAGACGCUGAGGCAGCACGUCCCCAACGGCGCUGCUAGCAAGAAGAUGAGCAAAGUGGAGACCCUGCGCUCGGCCGUCGAGUACAUCCGUGCCCUGCAGCAGCUGCUGGCUCAGCAAGAUGCCAUGGGUGCCACCUUCCCUGAGGGCCUCCUGGGCGCGGGGGCCGCUGGCUCCACCGGGUCCCCGCAGCCCCCCGGGGCUGGGGCCCCGUGCGGGGGCAGUGGGGGCCCUUGCCCGUACUCUGGCUCCUACGCGUCGGGCUCCCCCUCCUUCGACUCGUCGUCGCCCGGCCGGGAGGGCAGCUCGGUGCCCGGCUCCCCCCGCUCGCCUUACUCGUCUGACGAGAGUGGUUACGAGGGGGCGCUGAGCCCAGAGGAGCAGGAGUUGCUGGACUUCACCAGUUGGUUCGGGGGCUACUGA